AUCUGUCAAAUCAAGUUGUCAAUUGCGGAUUGUAGUCAAUCGUUAUCAGUUUUCCAUUUCUUUUGCCAAAAAUAUUCAGAAAUGUUUGUAUAAUAGCAUAAAUCUUACCAGAAAGCCAAUUAGUACAAAUAUAUGUAGGUGCAAUUUUCAUGCUUCACGUCAUUUAUAUCUAACUCGACAAUUUUAUGUGUGCAAACAAUAGUCUUUAGUAAUUCAUUCGAAUCGUAUUUUUCAUGGAGUUUUCUUCAAGCUGGUGGUAAAUAGACUAAAUGAAAAGUGCAUUUAGUGUAAAAAUGGAGGCUAGCAAUGAUUCUUUGUCUGUGCUGUCUCCGCCGAUGACGGGUUCUCCUGCUGUGCUGCUGACUCCUGGCCGGACCAGGAACAUCGCACAGGACAUGGAAGCCCUCAGAUUAUCGCGACAAGACAACCCUUAUCUCCAGCAGGUAAUGGCCAGCAGAGAAAGUCUGAUUGAAAGCCACGCUGAAGAGUGUGAAUCUGACGACACAAUACUUAUGUCACAGGAAUUUGGAAGCACUGCCUUAGAUUUUAUAGAAGACGAUCCUUUGACCCUGAAGGAGGUCCACGAACACAUGAUACGGUCACCGCCGCCCACUAGUUGCUGGCCGCACGACACACUGUCGUAUCGUGCGUCGAGCGCUUUCGACUUCGCUGCGGACAGUCCUGUCUCUUACAGCGCUUACUCAGUCAAUUCCCAGGAAAAGGAGCUUCUAGGCGGUAGGUCUCCGCGUCGGAACACCAGAUGUGAUGAAUCCCGUAACAAUAAUAAUUCGAGUCGCCCUCGGUCCUCCAGGUCGGCCUCCCCGAGGUCUCAUGACCUCACCCUCUGCGGACGACCUCUAUCGUUACCAGGCGAGAGUCACCUUCGGAACGCGUUAAGCAAAAAGCAAGGCAGCAAUCAGAGCGAGAGGUUUUCCCUCCUGCAACACCCACGCCCUCUACGGAGACCUCACAAUCGACGAGACGAGGACAGUGUCCAACUUGUGCCAGACUGCGAUAAGUAAUACAAUGCAUAUAUAGAUAUAUAGUCUGUUCUAACACAGAGUAUAUGGAUAUAGAUCUAUGUCUGAAAAUUUCAGGCUUUUAUGAGCGAUUUUAUUUAUGACCUUGACCUUUGGAUCCAAGGUCAGAUAUUUUUUGGACUUAGUUAAAAAAAUCUAUUGUUUUUCUGUAUAAUUCUAAUGUGAAGUUGAAAUCAUUAUUUUUUAUAUUUUUUUCGACUUCGGGUCAAGGUCAUUUUGAAAUGGUUUAAGGUCAAAAGAUCGGUACGAAAUGUGUUCCCAAACUAAAGCUAGAAUAUUGACGGCAGUUCGGUUAUUUGUUGGACAAAUGUUAACUAUAUUGGUUAAUGCUUUGCGAGUGCUACAUUUGAAGAUUUCCAAUUUAAUUGUUGAGUUAUAUUGUUCUUCCGACAGUAUGCAAGAUACAUGGGUAUUAUCGCAAAUUUUCUUCUAAUGAAUAUAAUUCUUCAAUACAUGUUGUAAAUGUCUGUUUAACGCCAGAAUACUGAAAUACUAUUCAAUUUCAAAUUGUACUAAAAUAUACCGAACUAGUCUUGAGAGUAUCUUAAAAUUGAGUAGCGUUUGAGUAUUUGGACAUGAGAUGGUUUAUUUGACUUGAUUUACGAAUUAGCCACACCGCAGUUACUGUUUGUAGAUCAACGUUUCCAGAUGUUACUCAGCAACAUCCGACAGCUAAAAGUUGAUAAUAAAUAGUUAAUAAGCCACAUAGGUUACAGAUAGUUACCCAAUGUUACCGUGUUGUUGCAUUUCGUUACUCCACAAAAGUUUACUGCGGUGUGGAUGCAAGUAACUAAUUCGCGGUAACACCCGUUUGUCUGUGUGUGGUAGGUACAGUAAAGGGUGGCCUUUUAGGUUAUACUCAAAUUCUGUUAUAAUUUCAGAAUAAGACGAGAAGAUAGUCAGAAUGCACGAUAAUAAAUACUUUAAUAAUAAUGGCAUAACUUUUGAAGUCACCUACGAGUUUUAGGUAAUUUUAGUUAAACAAAAAGUUUGACUGACGAUUUAAAAAAGAGAAAGAUUUCAAUUUAAAAAGUUAUUUAGAAGAAUUGAGAGAAAAUUAACGAAAAAUAAAAGAAAGUUAAAAAAAUAUCGACACAAUAAAAUAGUAUAGAAAAAACUGCACAGUAUUCUUAAAAUACGAGUUUUAGGGUACCACGAAACCUUUUUAAAUAAAUAAUUUACUUAAAAUAGACGAAGUUUUAGAAAAAUGUUUUACUUAGAUACAAUUUUUGAGGUUAUUUCUAAACAUCUUGUUAAUUAUGUAUGUGUAUUGUAAACAUUCGUUCAUGGGUAAAUCUUAGCUCUUCAAAAUUUUCAUUUCCCUUGAGAUGUUAAUUUAGUUAAUAAAUACGUAAUGGUUUCAACGCUCACCAGAUUGCGCUGACAGCUGCAGAGAUUGGCCAAAAGUCCUCUUGCGCCAUCUCUGACCAAAAAACGGUAGCCCCAUUUAUUCCAGAUGACACAUAAUGGCAUUAUUUACAUUAAGAUAUUAAGUUUUGAGAUAAUAAGAUUUAUCCUUGUCCAGAGUUUUACAAUAACAAACAAAUUUUGAUAUUAUUUAACGAAGUUUUUGAAAACAGCUGCAACAUUGCCGAAUAUCCGAUAUUGCCGGAAAUAUCCGUAAUGUGCCGUAAUCGCCGGCAAUGUUAACAGCACUAUUGCCGAUAUUUGCCUCUAGUGGUAGAUCGCCACGUGAAUUCCUACAAAAUGCUCACUGUAGUUAUAAAGCUGUCCUUACCAAAUUAGGUGGAUUUCGAAAAUUAGUUUGUAGGUCAUUAGUAUUAUUGUUACUAUUAAAAUAAGCUUUAUUAGUUAAUUAAUAGAAUAGCGAAACGCUGAAGUAGUUGAUAGAACAAUUGGGGAUGAAAAUGUCUUCUGAAAUAUGUAUAAACAUUGAAAAAUACCGAAAAAAAAACAUGAUAUUAUGUAUCUAAAAAAAUAUUUGAGAUAUUUAUUUUCGUGUUGUGAUAUUCGUGUCGAUGGAUUCGUUUUUAUUGUCAUUAGCGAUGUACACCGAUCGCAUAGAUAUGCAACAACGUUUUCCAAUUUAUUAUUAUCGAUAUUAUUUUUCCCUGUUGUUAAAAUACUACAAAAUAAAGAAUGAUCAGACUUACUAACAUCGAUAGAAGGUCGGUAUUAUAUCUUUUUUGUAGUAGUUUAUUUAAAUUAUAGAAAAUUAAUUACCCAGAAUUUAUUUAUACUAGUUCAAAAUAUAUCCCACCAUUUUUAUUGUUAUUUUUAGUCCAAAAUAAUAGUAAAUAAUAGUACAGUCAGCAUCUGAAUGUUGCAAAACUAUUGAAAUUGUUAAUGAAGGUAAGGUAUUUAAUGAUGGGUUCGCGUUCCCAUUAUUUGUGAAAUAUCACACAUAUAUGUACUGCCAGAAUAUUAAAUACGAGAAUUGGCUGUUACUCAGCUAUAUUUCAAGGUCAAGGUCAAUGUCAUAUUAAUGACCUUGAAAAAGAAAUUGUAACGAUGUUUAAAUUGAAGUAUUAAGUUUUAUCUUCAAAUUUUCUCUAUUAUUAGUUUAAUUCAUUACUCAAUGCUAUGUAUCUUAUGAAUAUAAAGUAUUUAGUGAAUUCUACGUGUAUUAUAAUAAUUUAGUGUCUAUUCUAAAGUUAUUUUAGUAAAUAUUUUAAAAACAAUUAUUAAUUUUAUACGUUGAUUGUACUUAAUGAUAUUAUUAUGUACUUGUUUAAGAGUAAAUCGCCAAAAAUGGCGGUUAGGGUAAAUAUAAUUUUGAUGUUUAAUUGUAAAAUGUUUACUAAAUAAUUAAUUAAAUGUAAAAUUGUAACGAGUCAAACCCCGAUAGUUAAAAAUCAGUUUUAUUGAUCGAAUUUAAUAUUAAAUUAAAACAUUGGUUAAAAUUAUAAAAUUGUCAUCUAAUACUAUUUACUUUACGUCGUUUUUAAAAUGUAAGUUAGAUAUUUCUAAUCAGAUAAUUUAUUUAUCUAUGUCUGAUUAAAUCUUUAUUUGACUAUUGUAUUGAGAAAUAGCUAAAAUUUAAUUUUGGCUUGUCUAUUUAAUGUCUUCGAUAUAAUUGAAUUUUAUUUUGAAAGAGGUAUGCUACAAUGGAGCCGUUUGAUGUUAGGCGUGAUGAUUAUGUAUGUAUGUAUGUAUCUAUCUGUGUAUGUUAUUCCGAUAACCUCUUUGGUCUUGUAGAAACUGUCUGAGCAAUGAAUACCUUUUUUUAAGGGACGAAAAUCAUCCAAUGGCUUCUCCCGCCUUGGGCGAUUCGAGAGGGAGUGUCAGACUCUUACUGACUAAAAACCACUCUGUCCCUAUUCCUGCUAUUCUGGUCGGAGCCCUGGUAAACCCGCUAGGUAGUCCGCAGCUCCGGAUAGCAAAUAAUACCUGGGUUCGAUUUCCUUGUCAUGAAAUAUUAAACUAGCAAAAUAUUUUGAAGGUAUACUAUCUCUGCCGGUCUCCUAUAGGAUAAAAGUACGUGAUAUUAUAUUAUGUUAUAUUCUAUAUUAAUCCCUUCCCUGUUAAGUUUUGAUAUUAUUAAUUAUUAUUCUUACAUUAUAUAUUGUCUAGUGUGCGUCUCACAACCACUGAGCUUAUGUGUCAUAGUUAUUAUUAUUAGAACGGGGUAUUUGACUUAAUAAUAAGAAUUAUAUAUUUAUUAAUUUUAAUUAUAAUUAUAUAGGGUGACUGGUAAUUAGUGAAGGAUAUUUAAACACGUGAUUGUACUCAUGAUUACAAAUAACUUUCUCAAAGAAACAUUUUUUGUAUACUCAUUAGUUUUAUUUUUAUCAUAUAUAAAACAAAACAACAACAUAUUUUCACAUAAUAAUUUCGCAUGAUCAGAUGUAAACAGCGAGGCGCCCGCGCCCACGUUAUCGGAAGACUUGUAACUAGGUAGGUAUUUUGUAACUUUACUUUGUUAUUGUGUAACUAAUUACCAGUCACCCUAGUUAUUACUACUCAGACUUUUAAUUUUAUUCAAUAAAAUGAGAGUUACCGUGUUUUAACGCAGUGAUAAUGAGGACAUUCGGAUGUACCUAAAUUUAUAAGAUCGAGAUGUAACUGAAUUGGUCAAAUCGAUAAUAAAAUCGAUUCGAAUUACUUAUGAGGAAUAAAUGGUGUAAUGUUUUGUUAUAAAAUGUUAAACUUCGGAUUUCUAAAGUUAUAUUUUAGCCAUACAUAUUAAAAUAUAAUUUUAUAAAUAUAUGCUUUAAACUUGUUUAGUUUAAUUUAAUCAAAUGUAAAUGCAAUUAAAUAUAUUUUAAAAUGUUUUCUGAAAGGGUAGAUAAAAAAGAACAAAAUAAAACAAUACAUUUUGCCAGCUAUUUAAGGAGCCAAUUUUCGCCUCAAUAUCAAAAUUGUCAAAGCAGUUUUCUAGAGUAUGACUACAAAUACAUAUGUAUUCUAAUAAGUUGUUAAACAUAGGAUAUCAUCCUCCUAUUAACAUGUAUUUACCUUUUCAGAAAGUAUUGUUAAUUUUCAUUUACUUCUUGUUAAUUUUUGUAUUUCUUGAAUUUCCAACGAAAUAUGACAUUCCAAUGUAAAUACUCGUUCGUUGUAAGUUUUUCAGUUUCAGUUAAUCUAUUGACCAAUUUCGAUAAUCUAUCUGUCGAUAAGUUGACUACUAG